GAAUGAGGCGCUUGCGCAGGAGAAUCCGGAGCGGGGGAAGCGGACGCUUGCGCAGAGGGGGAGUGACCGCGCGUUCCCCGCCCCGUCUCUGAAAGCCGCGCCAGCGCAGUUCCGAAAAGAGCCCGCAAAGACAGCGCCUGCGCGGUCGUGGCCGAGGAAACUGGCAGUAGCGGCGAUGGAACCAGCCGAGCCGCUGAACGACUUAGUGUCAGCCGAGGGCCGAAACCGGAAGGCGGUGCUGUGCCAACGCUGUGGCUCCCGGGUGCUGCAGCCAGGGACCGCUCUGUUCUCCCGCCGACAGCUUUUCCUUCCCUCCAUGAGAAAGAAGCCAGCUCUGGCUGAUGGCAGCAAUCCUGAUGGCGAUCUCCUCCAGGAGCACUGGCUGGUUGAUGACAUGUUCAUCUUUGAGAACGUGGGCUUCACCAAGGACGUGGGCAACAUCAAGUUUCUGGUGUGCGCAGACUGUGAAAUCGGACCAAUUGGCUGGCAUUGCCUAGAUGACAAGAACAGUUUCUACGUGGCCUUGGAACGGGUUUCCCAUGAGUAACUGAGGGGAGGGGGACGCGGCUCCACCCCCAACUAUAAAAGCUACUCCCCUCAAGAACUGGCCUUUAACCUGGUGUAACCGCUCUGCGGCCACCUUUUCUGUACUAAUGUAAAUGAGUAUCGACAUGUCCGGUUGAACAUGCAUAGGGCUAAUCCCGUUUCCUUAAAGCCUCGAGUGCAUGCCUCUUACGUAGCUCACUUUGCGUCGCCACAUCUCCUAAUCUCCCUUUUCCCCCAGUUGCAGGACACUGGAACAAGUCUACAAAUCUGCUCUCAUCCCUGGCAUCCUGCCUGGGCUCUCUGACCCUGGGCUCCCUUGUUUCUUGCUCUGUAGGAGCAGCAUUCAGCCUUUCAGCCAAGAUGACGCAUGACAGCUGAUGCUCGUGCUAAUAGUGCAAACUCCACCUUUUUGUCUCAUUCAAGAAAGCAUAGAAGUGUCUGAGUGAUUUUGUUGUAUGACUAACUUUAUCUGCAGUCAUCUAUUCUUUUUAAAAGUGUAGCAUUUACAGACUUCGGUAUUUAAACUACUAAUAAGAAACACGUUACUUCAGACACACCUGUAAUACCAGGUUUGAGAGCCGAGCCUCUAGGUUUAUAGUGACUUUUUAUUGUGAAGAUGAAUAUAUCCCCUUUUCCCUUCAAAUCUUGCUGUGGUUUCUCUUUACAUUGGAAGUAAGUUGAAAUUCAGAUUUUCAGCCCUAUCUGGCAGCCACCCCAGGAACACUCAGUGCUGGUUUCGACGCAGAGUGGAGGAUAUGGGCAACAGGAGGGACAGACCCUUGCCACGUUAUACAUGACUUUACAGGUGUGUCUUAUCUGCGCGAGUGGCUCUUCCUUUGUUCUUAGGAAAGACUUCUCCAAUGGAUAGUGUCAUCAUUUGCCGAACCUACUAAGCAUGGCCCUCAGAGUUGUGGUUCAGUUGGAAUCCCUGUACCAACUGAGCGCACAGACUUCCUGUCCAAAUGCCACUGUCACUAUGGCUGUGGGGCCGUUCUAACAGUUCAAUGUUAGCAAACUUAUUCACCCUUCAAUAUGAUUGUCACUUGUUCUCUCAUUUCUCUUCUGAAGUGACGCAACAUCUUAGGAAUCUCUAUGACCAGGUCUCAGGUGUCCUCCCAUAGGCCCUACCUCUAAGAUUGAGGAGACCCUAAAAUUGAAAUAAGGACUAAAGAGAAACCCUACAAUCUACAGCCCAUCCUUCUGUAUCUGUUUUCUGCUUGCUUCUGCCUUCUUUCUCCCCAGAACUUUUCUAAGGGCUCCCCAACUAAAGUGUAGGCCUUGGACAUGGUUUUGCAACCAACCUACUCUAGAAAGGUGGCUUCCUUCCCCAGUCAUGGCCUCGGUGAGCUCUAGCUGAAAAUGAGAGAACUGUUCUCUAGACAGUCAGAUGUCCAUGGUCAUGGCAUUUGCAGAAAAACAACUGUGAGAAUUAUCCACUCAGGUCAGAAGGAACAAAACCAAGUAGAUGCCUCUAGGGGCAUGUGGCCCCUCCUAUCACAAGCCAAAACAUACACAAAGCAUUUUUUUUUUAAUUAGACUUUGACUUUUUUUUUCCUUUUUUAAUCACAGAAUAGUACACAUUCAUUGCAGAUAAAUACAAAAAUGGGUAUAAACAUUUUUUUAAUCAUUCAUUUCCACCAUCCAGAGAUUGCCUCUGGUAAUGUGGUGAAACUCCGGUUCUCGGUGUUUUUCUAUAUGUAUAUAUAAACAUAUACGGUUUUUAAAAAGAAAUACUAUAUCAUACUGUGCUCUUUUAUAACUUGAUUUUUCCAUUUGACAAAAUACUUCCCACGUUAACAGAUAACCAUCUAUGGACACCCUUGUUUUUAGUAUUCCAUUGUAUUUCUGUAUUAUAAUUUAUUUAAACAAUCUACUAUUAGAUUGCCUCCAGUUUCUUAUAAACAAUGUGAUGUAACGUGCAACUUUAUAGUUAAAUCUGUAUACACAUUCUUAAUUAUUUCCUACGUUAUUAGAAGUAGAAUUGCAGGGUAUGCAUGUUUUCAUGGAUUUGCUCCAUUGACACAUAUUCUUCAAAAACAGCUGUGCUAAUUUCACCCUCCUCCAGCAGUGUAGAAGAGCACUCAUCUCUCUGAAACCUUCCUAACACUGGGUAUUAUCAUUCAAAGAGUAUUUUGCCACUUUAAUAGAAAAAGUAUCUUAUUGUUUUAAUUUGCAUUUAUUUUGUUUAAUGAAAUUUUUAUAUACCUAUUGGUCAUUUGUAUUUUUUUUUUAAAGAAUUGCCAAACAUUGUUGCCCCAGUAGCCAAAAAUUAUCAAGUUGUUAUUCUGCCUUUGCAGUUUAAUUUGAAAUAAAGGCAUUUAAACAGUAGAAGUUAGAUUCCUGUAUGUCCUUGGGAAGAAUAUGCAAUUUGAAAAAGCAGAGGAGAGCAGAAACCUGAACCUUAGGGUUUCUCUUGAGGUCUUUCAACGAAUUAAUCAUUUAGUGUCUGCUAUAAAAUGAGGAUGUCACCUCUUUGUUCCCCUUACGCAUAAUAGGCUCUCACAGGCUCUCAAUAAAGACUUGUGAAAUCAUUAACUGCUUUGUCAUAGGUAGAAAGAAGUAGCCCAUGAGUAUAGAAACCUGCUGCUAUGAGUACAGAAACCUGCAGUUGCUGUUAGGGAGAGCAACUGAUUUUUCCAAGGCCUCACUGUUUCUACAAAAUUCUUUUUAACACAGAAUCAGAGGUGGAUACCGGUGUACUGACAUUUUACAUAUUGUUACUAUGCCGUGUGUGAACCUAUUCAAGUAACUCCAAUGUGUAACUAAUGAGAACUUCUGUUCCUGAUAAUGGUGGAUAGGUAAUUUUGGAUGACCAUCCCACUGAGGGCAACUAGAAAGGCUGGACAAAAUAUUUUAAAAAUCCAAAGGCAUCAGAGAGCUAACGUGUUUGAAGAAUUACUGGACCAGGACCACUGAGAAGAUUGAGGCCCUGAGAAGUGGGCUCAGUAUUACAGGCCACUCUUCUGUUGGGGGCAUUUGCAAUGUGGAGGGGGGCAGGUCAGACAGAGGCUGGUGGGUGACUGUGACAGCCUUCCAGAAGUAGGGGUCUGGGCCUGUCAAAGAGUGGUAGACCUGGUAAAUGUUUGUCACAUUGGGUUGAGGCGCUCGGUCUUUUGCACCCCAAGAAGAGGGGUGAGCCAGAAGUAGGAAAUAGAAAGGCUCUCUUAAGGGAUUGCAGCUUGGCUUCCAAUGAUACCAGUCUGUGAAAUUAGAUUAAGUUGAUCCCAAAGUGGUAAUUUCCCCAAACUCUUGGCAUAAGCAAACAAAAACGCACUCUGGAGAAAAAUGUCAUCAUCCUAAACUUUGACUUUUUUUUUUUAAGAUUUUAUUUCUUUAUUUGACAGAGAGAGAG